GAGGAGUGCUGGGGAGCGCAGGCAGCCUGCGUGUCCUGCGUGUCCCCACGUCCCCCGCGCCCGCUGGCAUCGCCUGUCAGCCGCCGUCACGCCUCGGGGUGCCAGGGGGCAGUGCCAGCUGCCAGAGCCACAAAGGCGUCGCUGUGAGCCGGGGAGGGGACCUGGACCCAGCUGGGGACCGAGAGCCACCCUCUGCCAUGCCGGUGACAGUGACCUUGGCCGGCCCUGCCCCCUGGGGCUUCCGCGUCACCGGAGGGAGAGAUUUUGGGAAGCCUAUCACCAUCUCCAAGGUGGCAGAGCACGGGAAGGCAGCCGCGGGGGACCUGCGGGCAGGGGACAUCAUCGUCACCAUCAACGGGGAGAGCACUGCCGAGAUGCUCAACGUGGAGGCACAGAACAUGAUCAAGAGGAGCUCGGGGGAGCUGCAGCUGCAGGUGGAGAGGUCCCCGAUGCCACCUUCCAGCCACACCAACGGGGACACAUCACCAGCGAGGUUGGCCACAUGCUUCCAGGACACGCUGCAGGUGCAGGACAAGAGCCAGGGCACCCCCAGAGCAUCCUGCCCCAGCCUGGCAUCCUGCAGCUCCCUGCCUGGCAGCAGCAGCUCGCAGCUCCUGGAGGAGGAGUUCAGCUGUUCCAGCCUUGGCCAGGAGAGAGGAAGCCUGAGCCAGCAGCACAGCACCCCCGGAUCCAUCCUGCCUCCAGCACCCCCCCGCCCACCCUCCCCAAGCUUUGGGACCCCCCCUCAAACCCCCUGGGAGCCGUGGGGGGAGCGACGCUGCUCACCUCCUGCCGGCUCCUGCAACAGCCUGGGCUCGGAGCCAGCCAUGAGGCGUCUGGAGGAAGACUCCGAAGUCUACAAAAUGCUGCAGGCGAACAGGGAGCUGCGAGCGGCCCCCAGGCAGUCCAGCACCUUCCGCCUGCUGCAGGAGGCUCUGGAGGAUGAGGAUGGAGCCGUCCCGGCGCCUCCUCAUCCCAGCCGCAUCUCGCCCGGCGGCCGCAGACCUGCGCCUGGGGUCCAGAAGCUUCACCUCUGCGAGAAGUGUGGGAGCAGCAUCGCCACGCAGGCGGUGCGGAUCCGGGAGGGGCGGUACCGGCACCCGUCCUGCUACUGCUGCGCCGACUGCGGCCUCAACCUGAAGAUGCGAGGGCACUUCUGGGGGGGGGACGAGCUCUACUGCGAGAAGCAUGCCCGCCUGCGCUACCAGGGACCCCCCCCGCUGCCCCCCGCCGCUCCCGAGCCCCCCCCGCGCCCGCACUUCUGAUGGGGACAUCUCCAUCUGCAGCUCCCUCCCCAGCCUGCCCGCCCCAAACCCUGCCGUGUCCAGCGCUGCUCUGUCCCCCUCCCAGCGCUCCCCCCCCGGCCCCACUGCUUGGGGAGGGGGUUGGGAGGG